UCCCCUUCUGCGCCCAGCGCAGACGAGUGCGCCUCCAAUGCGAGCAUCCGCAUUCAUAGUUGCGACCCCCCUUCCUCCCGCGCUCGGCUCACACACUCGGCUGCGUUCUAAACGCAUAUCUCAACCUCAAAAUGACUUCGACCAUGAGACAGCCGCUACCGCAGCUUCGUAUUAUCCAGCAACAAUUCGAUCGCCCAGACAAACGGCGCUACUCGACCACAACCUCGUCCCAAUCUGCCGGGAAUGCGCGCACUUCGAGGGAAGAUAGUAUGGAUGGAUGCAGUGGCCAGCUGUCAAGCGGUGAGGGCAGCAGUCAAUCAUCAACUUCAGAACCACCCAACAAAAUCCGGAAGAAGCCCGGCCGCAAGCCCAACCCAGCAUCUCCAGCCGUCAGAAAGGAGCAGAACAGAGCAGCCCAACGAGCGUUCCGCGAUCGCAAGGAGAGACAUCUCCAGGAGAUGGAAACCACCAUCAGGGAGCUUAGAGAAACUAACUCUCAAAUCACCCAACGGUCGCAGCAGGAUGCACAGCAGUUCAAGGCUGCGCUUGAGGCACUACAGAGUGAGAAUUAUUAUCUGCGCCAAGUCGUGUUUUCGUUCGAAACGGCGUUGAGCAAGGGCGGACACGUGACAAUGCUCCACGAGGUCAAGGCAGAGCUCUACCAUCGCCACUACGAGAAGCAUAUCACGAAGAAGCCAGCAGGAACAACCUCAUCAGCUCGCAACCUGCAACCGCCUUCUCCAACCAUACCGUCCAUCUUUUUACCGAACGGCAACGUCCCUCUCCAACUGAACCUGGAGAAGGCCUCACAGCGAACCCAGGGACAGAUACUCGGCCAGGCAGUAGCUGUCACUUCAUCAAAGUCAGCCAUCCCUUCGGUCGACACCACCGCAUCACCGGCCUCGCAACCUCACUUUCUCUCGGCAAAUUCCCCGUCGUCCUCGAAGGCCCUGUCUUCAGCUCUAUGGGACGCAUUUGAGGAUUCUCGGGACGAUACCAUAUUUUCUGUGAACGACAGCAUCCUCAGCAGAUCAACAUCGCCACUGUCGCUGGCACACUCAACCAACGGUAAACUCGUUAAAUCGAUCACAGCGUACGAACCCAUGUCUGUGCCACGACCUUUCUUUACCGAAACAGGCGCCUAUCUCGCGAAGCGGACAGAGUACACCAAGAACGGCACCGUAUUCGAUGAGCUUCAAUCAUCACUUUUCCCACCAGGAACGCUUCAGUCGAUUGUCCAUACGGGACUGGCGACGCCGCUGGAAAUUGUGAACGACAUUUCACUACUGGAUCAGUUACACGACCGUCGUCCUCUCCGAGAUCCUGUUAUUUCACCCGGUCAAGCUGCCAUCACAUUUUCCGCCUCCCCCAUCGAUUCUUGGGCAAGCGCACCGACGUCGAUCUUGGAUGACGAAGACAGCAAUGAAUUUCAGAUUGCAUCGAUCACACUGGGACUCGACGACGGGCUGAAACAGGAUGUGAUCCCGAGCGUUCGUCUGCAGCUCGAGAUUCAGGUCUUGGCAUCUGCACCCCCCGCUGUGGACCCCAAUAUCGAUCCCAAAAUCUAUGCUCUUCCGCAUGACCUACGCAUUGACCUGAUUCCAUGCCCGAGACUGCGUGCGCAAAUGAUUCUGCACCAGAAGAGGUUUGAUGUGGAUGAAAUGUGUCAUCUCUUGCUCAACGGCGCUAUUUGCCACGGUCAUCCUCUGGACCCAACCAGCUGGGAGCUUCCGGAGCCGUUCUUUGAUCGAUAUGGGUUCCUACUGGGAGAGGAGUUGUUGGAACUUCGGAACAAGGUUUGGCCAAAGAAAGAUGAACCCUUGCCAGAGAUAUCAAAGGCGCAUUAGAGAAAAAAAAGAAAAAAAAAAAAAAAAAGGAAGAGCGCGCAAAGAUGCUUUAAGCGCGUGCUGGGCACGCCAUAUACUUCGAUUCCGUUUCUCUAUGUUAUUUAUCCAUCCAUUCUGUUGUAUUUUAUAUGUUAUGCACAACCAUACUACCAAUACCUUCUAUUCAUCCCUUCAUAAUCUAAAUAAUCUAAUGUACAUCAUCGAUAAAAUAUUGUUUUGAGCUCGACUCUGCCAGAC